CUUUUUUUUUAUUGUCACAUCCUGCAUGCUUCAAAUGGAACAGCAUUAAAAUUCUAUUGUGUGAAGGGUUGUUUCAGUGAAAUGGAUUAUAUAUUGAAGUUGAUUUCUCAACAAACCCAUUUAUUUGCCUUAAAUACUCGAACUGUAUGGUUCGACAAGUCACAUGAAAUUAUUAAUGAAUCUGUGUACUUUUUAAAGUACAUUUAAACAAGGAUUAAUUUAGAGUGAUGUAAUUUAUAAAAAAUUUUUGUUCUGUUAAAGCUAUCACUUUAAUUUACGAAAACUAACUCGAUUCUUUAACCUUUGUAGAAAGAACAAAUAUGGAGACAAGGACUGUACUCAGAGUUAUAGUUUGUGAAAAAAACAUCAGAAAAAUAGUCCUUCCUGUGAAACCACAGACAGUUGACUCCCUGAUGGAGCAACUUGAAGAAAAGCUGGGACUUCAGUAUAAGUUCACACUUCAGUAUGAAGAUCCAGACUUCAACAAUUCUCUUGUAAAUCUUACCGACAUUGCUGACUUGCCAGAUAAGCCCACACUGAAGAUUGUCUCCCUUGUGACAACACCAACCUCUAGCACAGCUGACACUGAAGUCUUGUCUGUGGCUUCUGAUGAUCAUUCACCUCAUUGUCUACGGACCGCAUGGCCAGAAACUUUUGAGAUCCCUACUUUUCCUGUUGACGUUGAAUACAGAUUACGUCAGGGAAAUCUACAGUACAUGCGAGAUCAAACAUAUCUACAAGUGUCAGGAGAGCUUAAGCAUGAGAUUCUUGAAAAACUCUCAGAGACGAUAUACAGUUACAAAGCUUACCCAGAUAAGGAAGAUUUUGAGGCUGUUGCUGCUGCUUUGAUAAAAAAACAUCCCUGCCUUACCCAGCCUGGCUCAUCUAAGGGGUGGAAUGGGUGGUAUGAUAGCCUCAGAUGGAAAAUGGGUAACUACCGCUCUAAACUGCGUCGAGCUGGAUGUUUGGAGGUAUCCAUAAAUGGUGGGAAAAGAAGAGGACAGCAGCCUCAGAGAAACAUCAAAAGACCCAAGAGGUUUGAAAUCAAUUUUCUACCAAACUUCCCCAGUGGUGAAGAUGAAGCCAGCAUGGAGUCCAAAAGGAAGGAGAUGGUGGAAGACAUGAAGAAACGUCAUGUUAAUUCUGCACUGAUAGCCCAGAACAUGAAUUCUACAUUUGCCUUGCGUAGAAAAGAACUGAUAGAAAAGGAGCCUGCAGUGAAGAAUACAGUGGAAAGGUGGCCAGCCCUUUUCACACAGAAUCAGAUUCUUACAGAGUUUAGUCGCAUAUCUGGCAAAAACUUGGAAUCAGAAUUCUUUCAAGAACUGGACAAAUUUACUCAACGUUUCAUCGAUAUCUUCAGGACUAAAGGUGGAGACAUUGGCGGAAAACUUAAAAAGAUUCUGCACCAGAUUGAAAAUGAUAAAUCCAACAUCAACGCAAGACGAACCGCUGUUCUUCAUGGACUACCAUUCCUUCUCGGGGAGGACCCCACAGAUUUUUACAAGACCUGUUUUGAUUGUGAGGACAAUGAAGACCUGUCCGACAUUACAAUUGGAAUUCUGACGGUGAUUCCCGAGCACUCUGCAACCGCAACACUACCCUACUCCCUGCAUCUUGAUGCCAUAACAACAGCUAUCAUUUUGGAAGGUACCAUGGUUGUGGAUAACGUGGAAAAUCUUCCACAAGCAAUGUGUCUGCUCUUUGGACUGAUUUAUGCUCUAAACUUAGAGUAUCCUGCAGCUCUGAAGAGCACAUUUGAUUUCAUUCAGAGAGUGAUUUUGUCUCUUGGCCAUAAGUCACUCAAACCUAAAAUCCAAUCACUAAAAAAUCGCUUGAUGCAGUAAUAGGUCAUUGCCAUGAUGUAAAAAAAAUUUCUAUGGUUAAUUACGGGUUCAAUACUAAGAGUUUGAGUGAAUAAAAUUGUCUUUAAGAGAACUCUUAAGAAAAUUGUUCAAUACUACACUGAUAGUUUUCCAGUUGUUGAAAAGGAAAAAUAUCCAAUUUAAAAGGAUGUUUUAAAAAAAAGUCAAGUUUACUUAAUGUUAGUUUUAAAAGUUUUAUUAAAAAAAACAAUUUUGAAGAGAACUGCAGUAGGAAAACUUUACUAAAUUUAGACUGUUCAGUGUUCAAGCUCUGCUUUUGACCACUUUGUUGGAUGUUAAAAAAAAAAGAGAGGGAGAAGAAUUUUAUUGUCCCUUAUUUUAAGUGCAGUAUGUGUUUUUAUUUAUUUUUUAUUUUAUUAAUUUAUUUUGGUCUAAAAUGUUUUUGGCAGCCCAUGUUGCCAGGCAUGCCUUUAGUAAUGUCUGAAAUUAAUCGUGUUUUAUAGAGCAAAUAAACAUUCCA